AUGGAUACACAAGCCAAGUCUGAUAAGGUACUACUAACUCCCGAAUAUCUGGAUUGGUAUUCCAAAUUAACUGAUUUGCCAACCACUAUAUCUGAUAAACUUCGUUCCAAGUUACAAGAAAAAAACUGGACUCAAUCCUUGGAUAAACUCCGAAUCCUCUCAAAUCAAAAAGGAUACUGUAUAAUCCAUGAAGCAGUACAUAAACGUUUCCCUUUCUUGUCUUACACUAAUUCGAAUGCAUGGCAUCGAGAUGUAUUUAAAUAUACUGAUUCAGAAACUAAAUGCCCUGUAUGCAAAGAGAAAGUUAUUGUUGCCAUACAGAGUUUGCCGGAAACUCAAGUAAGGGUAUCAAACAAAAUCAGUAACUCACUAAUUCAUCCAAACAAAACCCACCUUUAUCAAUAUGCCAUCAAACAUGGAAUGGAUCCUGAGGAAUUUUCAGUCAUUACUGAGGCUGAGAAAAAUAGGAAUGAAGAUACCAGAAAAUAUCAUAAAUUUUUAACAGAUCAGGAUAGGCUAAUCGGAGAAGAGUUAUUACGUCACAGUAUAUUAAAGAGCGGUUUAAGUACUACAUGGCUAAACGAUCUGAUGAAAGAAUGA